CACUCUGCUGGCCAAGCCGCCCCGGUGGCUGAAUCACGUCCUGUUGACAGGACUACAUAGUAUAUUGCCCAGCCCGGCCUCCGGCGGUUGCAAAGCACGCCACGAUUUCCACACAAUUCCUCAGUAGCCCGGACUCGCCCCGUUUCGAGGGAGGCAGGGGAAGGAACAGUGUGUGUAACUUUACUACCUCGGAGAAGGCACUCUGGGGACAUCCUGUAUCUCUCCCCACCCCUCACUUCCGCAGCUGCAGGAGCACAAAGGAUUAUUUUAACCGCCCACACUCAAGCCCUGUGGGGAGGGUAGUGAAGCCGUCAACCCCAGCACCUGCCAUGGAUCUUCCUCGCAGCUACCACCCCGAGGGGGCCCCGUUUUGAGCCGCAGCAGCCGCGCGCGGGCAGGCAUGGGGAGGCUGCGCGGGACGCUCGGCGCCUGGCUGGGGCUGGCCGCCCUGCUGUGCCUGGCGCACGCCGCCCGGGCCGCCUUCCAGCUCACCAUCCUCCACACCAACGACGUCCACGCGCGGGUGGAGCAGACCAGCCGCGACUCCGGCAAGUGCCAGACCCGCUCCGGCGGCGGCCCCCCGGAUUGCUACGGCGGGGUGGCGCGGAGAUACACCAAGAUCCGGGAGAUCCGAGCCACCCACCCCAACGUGCUGCUCCUGGACGCCGGCGACCAGUACCAGGGCACCGUGUGGUUCACCUACUUCAAGGGGCGGGAAGCGGCCCGCUUCAUGAACUUCCUGGGCUACGACGCUAUGGCUUUGGGGAACCAUGAGUUUGAUAAUGGUCUGGAUGGAUUAUUGGAUCCACUACUUAAAAAUGUUAAUUUUUCAAUUCUGAGUGCAAACAUUCAGGCAAGCAAAUCAGUAGCAUCCAGGAUCACUGGAUAUUUUCAGCCUUAUAAAAUACUACAGGUUGGUUCAGAAAAAAUCGGAGUUGUUGGCUAUACCACUAAGGAAACAUCUUUCCUUUCAAAUCCAGGAACGGAUAUAUACUUUGAAGAUGAAAUUGAAGCAUUGCAGCCACAUGUGGAUAAACUCACCAAGCUGGGAGUUAACAAAAUUAUUGCACUAGGACACUCUGGCUUCACUGUAGAUCAAAUGAUUGCUCAAAAAGUGAGAGGAGUGGAUGUUGUAAUUGGAGGACAUACAAACACGUUUCUUUAUACAGGCCCCCCACCUUCCAGUGAAAUACCAGCUGGCAACUAUCCAUUCCUGGUGGAGUCAGAUGAUGGGAGGCAGGUGCCAGUGGUACAAGCCUAUGCUUUUGGAAAAUAUCUUGGUUAUUUAAAUGUAACAUUUGAUGAUCAAGGAAAAGUAAUUAGUACAUCUGGAAACCCUAUUCUGCUAAAUAGCAGUAUUCCUGAAGAUAGAGUCUUGAGAGAAGAAGUUGACAAGUGGAAGAUACAGCUAAAUAAUUUUUCUGCCCAUGUGAUAGGAAAAACAAUAGUUUACCUAAAUGGUACAAGUCAGGCAUGCCGUUUCCAAGAAUGCAACAUGGGAAAUUUGAUUUGUGAUGCCAUGAUUUACAAUAAUCUCAAACAUCGAGAUGAAAAUACAUGGAAUCAUGUUUCAAUGUGCAUCAUGAAUGGUGGUGGGAUACGGUCACCCAUUGAUGAACGCAACAAUAAUGGUACUAUUACGAUGGAGGACCUGCUUGCUGUGCUGCCGUUUGGAGGUACUUUUGAUCUGAUGGAGUUAAAAGGCUCCACUCUCAAAGAAGCAUUUGAGCACAGUGUGCGCAGACAUGGACAAGGAACUGGGGAGCUGCUGCAGGUUGGGGGCAUUCACAUGGUCUACGAUCUUUCCAGACCACCAGGAAGCAGAGUUGUCAGUAUAGAAGUUCUUUGCACAGCCUGUAGAGUACCAGCCUAUGUACCACUCCAAAUGGAUGAAACAUACAAAGUGAUUCUUCCUUCUUUUCUGCAGCAGGGAGGAGAUGGAUAUUCUAUGCUAAAAAAUAAAUCACUGAGUCACAAUCAGGGUGAUCUCGAUGUUGAAGUAGUUUCCAAUUACAUCUCUAGAAUGGGACGUGUUUUUCCAGCAGUUGAAGGUCGAGUAAAGUUUUCUGCAGGAAAUUUCAUCCAAGGAAGUAUUACUCUGAUUGCUGGACUAUUCACUGUGACAUUCCUGCACUUUAUUUUUUAAUUCUUAUUUGCGAUGCUUUUAGACUGCUGCUAGAAUGCCUACUCCCCUCCCCUUUGCCUGCACCUCCCAGCACACGUUUAAACAGGUCCUAGGUCUCAGCACGCAUUCAGUAAUUACAGUGGACGGGCAGCUGUACUACAGUCAAGAUUGAGACGAGCUCUCUCUAAAACAUGGCUCUUCUAAAUGCUGUAUUAUGUGCUUGGUUACCUAGGUUGCCUUAAAAUUUGGUGUGCUUUGUAGGGAUUUGAGGUAGGAAUAUUGACCCAAAUUUGGGGUCAUUUGACCAAGGGCUUCCUGAGAUGUAUCUCUCUGGGGAACAAACAAAACAGCUUUGCUGAAGGUUGACACAUUCUAACAGGUUUUUUGCCCAGAUCUGGCUAUCAAUGCUUGGCUCUGAAAAAAAGCUGUGAAGCAUACUAUACAGAAUGAUGGGACAUUUUGGCAGGUAGUCGGUUUCCAAAUUUGAUACAGCAGGUUUAAGUGCACUUCCUUGAUGUUUCUACCCUCAAACUCAAGUUCCAAAGAGCAAAGCAUUAAAGGAAAAACAUCCUAUUCCAUGGAGAAAAUAAUUUGUAUUAUAUAGAAAUAUUUACAAGCAUAUCAGUGUAAAAUUUUCCCUCCAACUCUUCCCAUGCACUCUGAAACAGUGAAAACAAUCUUUUUUUCAGUAGUGUAAGUAAAUUCCUACUUAUAGAUUACUACUUUCCUCUGUCCCCUAUGCAGGGUUGAAAACUUAAAUGUGACAACUGUAUCCAGUUUUCAACAACACUUAUCUUGGCUACGUCAGUGCCCGAAAUAACUGGACCAAGUUUACCACUAUUAUUGCAUGACAUCAGCUCAUUUCCCCACCAGCUUUAGUUACAAUUUUUAGUUACAGAUAUUGCAAACCCUUCCAUCACCUUCCCACUAAUAAAGGAACUUAAUAUCAAAACGUUUGCAUUUCACUGUUUCUAAGAGAGGCAUUUUUAAACUUCUGAUAAGGUAAAAUAUUAGCAUAGCUACCACCUUCUUGUACGCUUAAGACAUUUAGUUACAAGUUAGUUGUUACCUGUUUGUCCAUCUCAGAUCCAGCCUUCUCAAACAAUAUUUAUCCUCAUCCCCAAAACCUUCCAGGGUGGGUUGGAAGAGACAGCUCAUAUCUUUUGCUAAAUAUGCAUAGGAACAUAAGAAUUAACAUACUGAAUGAGACCUGGGGUCCAGUUAGUCCUGUAGUCUGUGACAGUGGCCAGCACCAGAUGCCACAGAUGGUGCAGAACCACACAGGAAGCAAAUAGGAGAUAAUUUGCCCCCUCUUAUGGAGAUUGACUAUGCUUCAGUGUUUAAACCAGACAUAAGCUCCUCUUAAACUAGGAGAUUAAGACUGCCACAUUCUUAGAAAGGUGGGUUCCCAGGAAGUUGCAGAGUUUUUGGAUUUCACAUACCAUCUCAAUAGUAUUCUGUACUUAUUCCUUCAACAGGUACUCUCUUUUUAGAGGCAGCAACUUCCACUUAUAGAUAAGAAAAUGUCAGAGGCAAAGACUUCCAGCAGAAUAAAAGUUAGUCUGAUUUACAGAUCAGUGUCUUUUAAACAGACAUUAAAAAAACCAACAAAAGGUUACACCUAUGGGCCAAGAAGCAUCUAAACUUUGUAGAUAGCUUCUGCUGUAUCUUUCAAGUUAUCCAGUGAGGUGGAUUUGGCCAGCAAAAUCAACAUUUUAGCUAUCUUUGUGCAAAAGGGAGGAGGGAGUAAAUGGGAAGGGGAUAUAAAAGUUAUGUGACUCAGAGGUUGACCAAGAACUCUAACAGAGUUUCAAAUUUGUGUACUUGUUUUAAACUUCUUGUUAGAAUACAAAGCUAUCUUAUUUGGUGUUGACAUUUUCUGAAAGUGCUGCCCAGGAGUAUCUGUGAAAAAGUAUAGCAUGGACAUGUAAUAUGUAACUACAAAAAAUAAAACUAGUUUAAAAAGGA